CGGGCGGCGGGGCGGCGUCUAUAAAAGGGGGCGCGUCCGGCGCGGCCUCUCCAAACCGUGCGCUCUUGGCGAGGUGGCGACUGUUGCGCGCUGCGCUCUGACCAAGUUCAUUGUCUGCUGGGGCGAUGCGUUCGUGGGCGCUGAUGGUGCUGAGCGCGGCGGGGCUGGCGGCCGUCGCCGCCGCCGCUCCUCCUCCUCCUCCUCCUGCCGGUUCUUCCAGCAAGGAGCGCGCCUUCAAGGCAGCCUCCUGGGACGAGGUGAACGUCUUGGCGCACGGGCUCCUGCAGCUGGGCCACGGCUUGCGGGAGCACGUCGAGCGCACCCGCGGGCAGCUGCGCGAGAUGGGCGGCCGCCUGAGCGCGCACAACGCCUCGCUCGCCAGCCUCGAGCGCUCCGCCGACGAGCAGCGCCAGCAGCUGGGGCGAGCGCAGCGCCUCCUCGACGGGCGCCUGGACGACCUCUCCAGCCGGCUCGGCGCGCUGGCCGGCGACCUGGCGGCGCACGAGGAGGCGGUGCGGGAGCGCCUGGGGCGCCUCGACGGGCAGCUGCUGCGCCAGGUGGGCGCCGAGAACGCCAGCGGCAGCCCCCGAGGGAGCGGACAAGCGGCGGAGCUGGGCGCCCUGCAGAAUUUGAUGAGUCGUCAGAACCUGAAGAUUGAGGAGCUGUUUCAUAAGAUUAAGCAACAGCAGUACAGAAUGGACAAACAGAACCUGCAGAUCAAAAGUCUCCAGAGUAAGGUCAACAUGCUGAUUCCUUUGCACGUCCGAGAGAACGAAACGCAGGGUCCGAAAUGGAAGGCGAGCGUUCAGCGAAGUGUGGACCGGUCCGGCAACCACAGCCAGAGUCCCCAGCCAAAGUCCCCGGCGAUGACGAAGUUCCCAGCAAGCUGCCACCAGCUGUUUCUGGAAGGGGAACAAGCCAGCGGUGUUUUCCAGAUCCAGCCCUCUGGCUCCCAGGUCUUUGAAGUCUUCUGUGACAUGACUCCAGAUGGUGGGGGCUGGACAGUGAUUCAGAGACGUCUGGAUGGGUCUGUCGAUUUUGACCAGCUGUGGGAACCCUAUAGAAAUGGAUUUGGGAAUAUGAGUGGCGACUUUUGGCUGGGCUUGGAAAAGGUCCACCAGAUCACGAAGGACGGGCGGUUCCACCUCUCGAUCGAACUUCAGGACUGGGAGGGCAGCUCGGAGAGGAUCCAGUUCCUUUUCAGCCUGGGGGGAGAGGACACUGCUUACACACUCAGUCUCCUGGGCCCUAUUCUGGGGCAGCUGGAGAACGCCAUGGGCGACUUCCCGCAGCUGCCCUUUUCCACGCGGGAUCAGGACCAUGACCUCAAGGGGGAUGCCAACUGUGCCAAACACCUUUCAGGAGGCUGGUGGUUCAGCAGUUGUGGUCACGUCAACCUCAACGGAAAAUACUUCCGCUCCAUCCCACGCCAGAGGCACGAGAGGAAGCAAGGCAUCUUUUGGAAGACCUGGAGAGGACGCUAUUACCCUCUGAAGUCCACCACUAUGAAGAUCCGGCCUGCGGAGAUGGGCCUGGCAUCCUAAAUGCCCAGGAGGUCGCAGGAGAGAGUCUGGGUGGCCCUCCGUAUUCCUGCCUGCCGCCGAGAUAACAGCUGCAGCCCCUCGCUCCUGUCUGGGACGAUUUGUGGGGUGUCUCUUAUCGUUCUCCAGUUGAAAGCCUUCCUUUUGCAAGACUUAGUGUUGGGGUGGGAGGGGGGGCAAAGCAACGACUGUCGUCUUCGCGUUGGGAAGAGCGGCACAGGGGAUCGCUUGGGUGGGUGGGAAAGGAACGGGCAUCAGGAUUCAUUUCACGGGCAUGUUGGGCGUUGGCAAGAAAAGGCAGUUCAGCAUCUUUGAGGCCUGGUGUUAGCUGUUGAUGAAAUCUUGGGUAUCUGGUCUUCUCGAGUGCCAUCGUGUGAUAAAAUUGGCGUUCUUGCUCGUCCGACAGAGAUUUGUGCUGUCGCCCACGUGUCUUUAUACCCACUUCCUUACGCCUCGAAAUGAGGAAGGCCUUUGUCUCGCGUGGAAUGUCCCAAACAGAAGGAGGGGCUUCUCCCGCUCUAUGGCAGUAGCCAGCAGGACUCUCUGCUGCCGAGAAUUUCCCACAAUGCCCCCUGCGGUAGCAUCUCUCUGGGGCAUUCUGGGAAAUUUAAACGGUUACCAGGCCUGGCGUUGCUCAGAGCGACAGGCUGGGUAUUUUAUUUUUUAAGGGGGGGGGAGGACAAAGCAAGGAUACGCUCGCCAGUGAUUGUCCAGAUUGUGCGUACAAACAGCAUAUCCUUGGCUGAUUAAAUAUGUAGUCGCGAUUGAGCCUUGGGGCGCCCGAAAAUCGGACCGCCCUCCGUAGGCGUCCCUCGUGGCAGCUUGUGGUUGGGUCCGUCCUUCACCGCUUGGAACAGGGUUCAGAAGGAUGGCGCCACUGCGAAGGGCAUUGGGGGGACACUGGUUGGGGGAGAUAGUUGGGCGGGGCGGCACCUCCUCUCCCUUGCCCAAGGAGGGGGCGUUGCUCCUGUUGCAAAAUCCGGUCCUCCCUUAAAGAGGGCACGUGUUGCGGUGAGACCUGGUAACCAAACCCUGUGUUGUGGGUGGGUUUGAUUGGAUAGCCACAACACCCAAUUGGUAGGUCCCUUGGUGCAGGGUUUAAUCAGGCCAAUGGGACGCAGGCUAAAUGGAUCAAGGGGACCUGUUUAUGCCCAUGCACUUGACCCAGAGGUUUCUCUUUUGGCGCGUGCAUUCGGAACACCCGCCCACCUCUCCCUACUUUUAGGGCUUUGCGCUUGACCUUCCUAUGCCGUCGUGUGUCGUCUGUCGUUGGGACA